AUGGCCGCAGGCUACAGCUCCGCUGCAUUACGACAGACCGCUGCUCGCACAGCUGCCAAUGACUGGGCACUCGCCCACGAAGCACCGCUGGCAGUCGCGGUUGUGGGCACGCCCGAAGAGCAAGAAGAGGAAGAGUCGGGCUCGGGUUUGGACUCGUCGUCCAGCUCGACUCCGCUCUCAACCUCGUCGCCGCUCUCGUCACUCCAGUCUGCGAAGCAGUCAGUCCCAUCGCAACCGUCGGUCCGUGCCACAGCUUCAGACAUUCCGCUGGGUACCCUCUCGUUGCCAAGCCCAAAGACGCCUCGGGCUCGAGUCGGGUCAAGCUCUGGAGGGUCGGUUUCGUCACGCGCGUCGACUCGGCGCUCGAGCGAUACCCCCGACUCGUCGACGUCGAUGCUGUCAUCGGCGCAGCCGUCGCGUUCUUCACGCACCUACUCGGGCUCGGCGUCCGACUCGGAGAGCUCGCUCGGGUAUUCGGGCGCCUCGCAGUUGCGGACGUCGCGGACUGGCAGCGGGCUCCGGUCGCGGACCUCGUCGUCAUCGUCGUCGCCACCGCCGACCUCGGACUCGCGCUCACGCUCACGCUCGCCAGGUACAAAUCGACGGCAGACCCCGCGGCUGGGCCACUACACCUCCAAAUCGCUGAUGGAGCUCCCGGUCUCGGCCCGCAAACCUCCGCGAAUGACCAAGCUUCCGCCCGCGCUGGGACUAGACCUCUCGGCAGUGGGCAAAACGCGGUCGUCGAUGACCGCCACAGCGCAAGCGCGCAAGUCAAUUGAGACGGCGGCGUCGAACCUGACCCAGCUCUUCCCGUAUCUCUACAUUGGUGGCCUCUCAUCGGCGUCAAACAAGCAGGCCUUGGUCCACGCCGGCAUCACGCACGUCAUCAAUUGCGCGUACGCUCCGCCGCCCGAAACCGCGCCGCCACCUGGCGACGUGCCCGACGUGUCACCGGUCACUACGCCAAUGGCCGUCUCGGCGCCGAACUUUGCCUCGCAAGAGACCAAAGCCAAGCUUGAAGCCGUGUCGCGGCUCAUGACGUUUACCUACACGAACGUAGUCCUCGCAGACAUCCUUCACGCCGACAUUCUCGCUGUCCUCUACGAAAUCAUGGAGAUCAUUGACUCGGUGCGGCGGGCCGGCGGCGCAGUCUUUAUCCACUGCCGGCUGGGCAUCUCGCGCUCAGUCGCCCUCUCUGUCGCCUGGGUUAUGCUCCUCAACGACUGGGACUAUGCCAAAGCUCUUGCAUGGGUCCAGACCAAGCGGCCCAUCGCAAGGCCCAACGUCGGCUUCACCUUUGUUCUGCAGGACUGGUACGAACGAUGCCACCGGCCAAAGAAGGCGCUCGCCGAUGCCGGCCCGCGCAACACACAGGUCCUUGUCUACGCCAUCGAGCCACAGUCGACCAAGCCCGGUGCCUCGCCGUUCCUCGUCGCCCGCAUCGUCCCGCACACCGACCCGCGCCUUUUUGCCGUCAAUGCCUCGUCGGCAUUUAUCCUCCACGGAGCCGACAACAAGCUCUACACCUACUGCGGCCACGAGACGCCGUCCGACUACCGCGCCGCCAUCCGCAAGGCCGUCCUCCGUCUGCAGCUCUACGAGGGCGCCGGGGACCGCGUCAAGGUACCAGCCAAUGCCCCACACAUCUUUGCCAACCUCCUUGUCGACUCGGGCGUCAAGCCGCAGACUCCAUGGGCCAAGUUUGACGAGCCGUCGACCCGCGAGUCGCACCUUCUCACCCUCGCCUCGGGUGGCUCGGUCGCCUCGGCGGGCGCUAACACGAGCAGCGACCUCCACGAGUCCAACUCGUCGUCGCACUCGUUUGCCGUCUCGGCCGGAACCUCGGCCGCUUCGACCGAUAACCUCGCCGCCAACCCAGUGGUCAGCACCGCCGCGUGGCUGCUCUCGCCGUCGCGCCGAGCAGACGGGGCCGUAACCAACUCGGGGAGCUCCUGUGCGUCGAGUGAGUCGGGCUCGGGUCGCACCUCGCCAACGCCAAGCCCUGGCAUGUACUCGUCGACGGAUGCUAAGGCACUCGCGGCGCUGCCGGAGGCCCAUGUCAUCGACGUUCAUAUGCUGAGCAAGCCGCGCAAGGCCUCGAUCGCCACCUCGUCGCUAUCCUCGGUCCAUGCGCCGUUUUCGGCGCCGCUGGCGUGGAACCCCGGACGGCUGGCCAACGUCUCGCUCGCCGUCCCGGCCCCGAACGCGACGGUGAAGACCAAAGCGGUUGUGCGGCGGGCGCUGACCUCCGACCAUCUUGAGGCCAGUCAUCAGACGGUCCUCCCGGUCCCUCUCCGCAUGCCGCCGCCAACGUCGGAGCUCCGCCUCGCGGUCCAGUUCCUCCUCGUCCAGCGGUUCCGCUCAGACCGGCCGAAAGCGGCUGUUGCCUCGAUGCUCGACCUCGUCAUGGGUUCGGAGCCGACCAGCAUCCUCGCCCACCUGCAUGUGACGUCGACGGAGCAGGCGCUCUCGGCCGAAUGGCGCGAUGCCCACGGGGUGCGUGGCGUUGUCCGCGCCUCGCGUGCCGCGUCGACCCAGCCCGGCCCGGACCUGCUCAACACGCCACGCGACGGUGUCGACACGCCGACGCUCUUGCAGCUCCCGCUCGUCGACGAGGUGUCGACAGACCUCGCUCUGGUGGCGAUUGACUUUAUGGAGUUUGUGGCGUCGGUCGCCUCGCACGGCGGCAAGGUUGCCGUCUAUGCCUCGUCUGGGGAGACGCAGGCGCUUGCGCUCGCCGUCUGGUGGGUCGCUACCUUGCUCAACAUCUCGUAUCACGACGCCCUGGCCCUGGUCAUGCUCAAGCGAGGGGCGCUGAUCGGUGGGUCCGGGGCGGCGUCGGCCGUCUCGCCGCACUUUCAGAGCCAGGCCCGGGCCUGGCACGAGGCGCGGCUGGCGGCGUUUGGUCAUUCGCUCGAUGUGGCGCACGCCCGGUCGAUCCUGGCGGCGUCGAUGAGCGAGAGCUCGCCCAACUCGGCACGGCUUCGGCGCGAGCACUCGACAGUGACGACCUCGUCCACCGGCGACUACGCUGUGGCGCAACUGACCGACAUGACUUCGGACUCGCCAAACGACACCCAGGCCGACCUGCGGCUACCAAUUGCCAUGUCGGCGACCCGCUCGUUCAAGUCUGGGACGGUGGGCUCCUCGUCGGAGCGCUCCGACUCGUCGGCGGCGGCCGGACCGGACGAGCUAACCGGAUACUCUGCGCCGCGGACGGCACAGAUAGUCAGCGAGCGGCGGACCCGGGUGUAUGCCAUCCAGGAGCUGUGCCCGGGUGCGUCGGCUUCGCUUCCUGUCGCACGCGAGCUGGACGUUGCCAAGCAUGCCUCUCUCUUCUCGCUUGACGUCGAGACCUCGGCUCAGUGCCUGCUCAUCCACGAUACCUCCAACAGCCUUCAUUUAUUUGCCGGGCGAAUGGCGCCGCCGACGCACGUUGCCAAGCUGCGCGAGCACGUCCGCCGGCUGCAGUGCUGGUUCAAUGCCGGUCUUCUCCUCAACGCCGUCGACGGGACCAAGUCGUCACAGCGCCGCAGCAUUGGCCGCCGCGAUCAGUCCAAGUUUAUGGCGGCGCUGGUGCUCGCCGGCGUGGUGCCGACCAACCCGUGGUCGUCGCCGUCGCGGGCCGGAGGCUCGGGCGAGCUCUCGACCGAGGCUGCCGCCGUCCUAGUAGAGAACCGCAUGGGCCGCAGGGUCUCUGUCUCGGGCUCGCUCCUCCCUGCCGACACUCGCCCGCCAGCAGUCAUUCGGGUGCCACGUGAAUCGUCGCCCAAGUCGCUCGGUAUGUCGUCGGAUGAGUCGAUGUCGCGGGCGCCCGAGUCCAUCCAAGGUGCAGACUCGCGGUCGACGCCGUGGAACACCGAACCGGUUGUCUCGACGACCGACUCGUCGCAGCUCACCCGCCACUCGUCGGCGGCGGCUGUCCACCCGGCUGACGCAACGACUGUCGCGGUGGCGGCGGCGCGAAACGCGGCCCACCCGCCGCCGCAGAACUCGCGCUCACGCGGCUGCUGCUGUGUCAUCUCGUAG